AUGUGUAUUCGCAAUCUGCUCACGGACGAGGUGUCUUGGGGCCAGCCUAUGUUGGCAAAGGUUGCAAGCACACCGCUGACCAGGGCAUGCUACCUCACAGCUGCGGGCGUGGGUAAAGACGAGGGCGCGGUAUUCAGUCGAACAGCUGGAGGAGUGGACGAGUCUCGCUGGAUGGAUACGUCGUUGGCCUCUCAGAUGUUGCCUGGCCUCGACCUCAACAUCAACCCAGACUUCGAUGGCAAACCCUUCGUCUUCAUCACGAACGACAAUGGGGAUGAUCGAAGCGGUUACGGAGAAUGCGACGAUCGAGGAACGUGCGCGUGGAACAAGCUCAACGAGUACGACAGUUUCAACACCAGUGACAUGUGGGACGUCAUACUGAACCCGUGUCAACAGCAGAGCAGCACACUCAUCGCAACAGUGAUGAGUCCGAAGGACGGCUCAUCCAACCCACUGUCCAUGUGCCCGUAUCCACAGCUAUCUGCCUCGCUUCGCUAG